AUGGCAGAAGGGAUCUCCGUAAAGCCUUUAUAUUCCAGUAGAGACACCCAAGAAUUACCUGAAGAACUUCCAGGAGCGAAGCCAUUCACACGCGGACCGUACCCUACCAUGUACACCUUCCAGCCCUAGACCAUCCGCCAGUAGGCUAAUUUCAGUAGUGUGGAAGAGAGAAAUAAGUUUUAUAAGGACAAUAUUAAGGCUGGUCAGCAGGGAUUAUCAGUUGCCUUGGACUUAGCAACACAUCGUGGCUACGAUUCGGAUAACCCUCGAGUUCGUGGUGAUGUUGGAAUGGCUGGAGUUGCUAUCGACACUGUGGGAGAUACCAAAAUUCCCUUUGAUGGAAUUCCCUUGGGAAAAAUGUCUGUUUCUAUGACCGUGAAUGGAGCUGUUAUUCCAGUUCUUGCAACUCUUAUAGUAACUGGAGAAGAGCAAGGCGUCCCUAAAGAGAAACCGACGGGUACAGUCCAGAAGGACAUACUCAAGGAGGUUAUGGUCAGAAAUACUUAUUUUUUCAUUCCCGAACCAUCUAUGAAAAUCGUUGCUGACAUUUUCCAGUAUACAGCAAAGGUAUCCUCUGUCAUACUAUGGGUUGUUCUGCGUUCUUGGUAG